AGGCGACGGCGAGGCUGAUAUGGUGGCUGUGAGGCCAGACGGCGGGAGACGUAGCCGACGAGCCCGACGACAGCAACCUCGAUGGCGAGCUCGACGGCGGCAGAGACGUCUUCUGUACUGCGAGCUCCACCAUCCCUGCACAUACUGUACUGCGAGCUCGACGACGGCGGUGGCAUCUUGUUGGCAGGGACCAGGGCCAGGAAUUAAAAAGCAAACAAAAGCAGGGGCCAGGAGUACAUCUCAACUUUUACUGUAUUUCUUGUUGACAACUAGUGCAGAAAUUGGAGCACCACGAGCAAGCAGGCAGAGGAGCAGAUUUACAGAGGGGUGCUUCUUCUCACCAGCAGCAACACGAGCAGGGGAGCUACGGGCGGAGGAGCAGCAACUUGCACAGGAGCAGGCCCGCUGGGAGCUUGAGGACGAGCUUCAGGUCGAGGCCCGCCGGGAGCUCCAGCUCCAGGCGCUCGAGACGCAGGCGCGCGCAGGUCCUGGACGGCGGGAAGGAAUAGCGGCGGCGCAGGCCCUGGGCGGCGGGAGGGGAUAGCGGCGGCGCAGCCCUGGGCUGGCGGGAGGGGUCACCGCUGGAGGGGAUAGCGGCGGUGCAGUGCCCUUCAGUCAUGGAGCCGCCGCCCAUCAAGGUGGUCGCCGCCGCCCAUCGAGGUGGUCGCCGCGGAGGAGUAGGUGGCCGGCGGGUGGCGCCACUCGUCUCCGUGCGGGCGGCACAGGUGGGCAGGGGUGGCGCAGGUUGGCCGUCAUCGCGCGCUGGUCCCUGCGGGUGCCGACGGUGGCUGGGGCGACCACGGUGCGCGCAGAUGAUGGCGGAAGGAGGAAGAAGAAGAGGGGGCUGAUUAGCACGAGAUUUAAAAUCCUAAGGACUUUUUUGCAAAAUUGUAAAUGAACUACGCCCUGGACAACUU